GGAGCCGAGGCGCACGAGCCGGCCGCACCGGCGGCGUGGGGCGGAUUGCCUGGCUUCUUUUCCAGGCCCCGCGGGGGUGGCUACGGCUUCCGCGGCCGUCACUUAGGCACCCGGAAGAGGAGGAGGAAGUGCGGGGCCGGUGGCCCCCAGCCUGCCGCGGCGCCGUCGCCCGCAUGGAGCCCAACCUGCGCUUCGGCAUCUGGGAACGCCAAUCUUUUGUUCAAAGAUUUCUUCGCUGGACAGAAUUAUUGGAUCCUACAAAUCUGCUCAUUUCAAUUGAAAGAAUAGAAAAAUCAAGGCAACUAUUGUUCACCAAUGAAGAUGCAGCCAGACACAACCUGAAUGACCAAAGGAUUAAAGAAGCAUGGAAGAGGAGUCUUUCGACCGUGCACCCUGACAGCAGCAGGCUGAUCCCUGCGUUCUUCCGGCCAGCAGCUUUCCUGCCCUUGACGGCACCCAUGCUGUUUUUGUCAAUGAUGCCAGCAAAAGGAAUUAUGUCCAUACUUGUCCCUCAGGUUUCCUUUUAUGCCUACACAACAGCUUUCACCAUCAUCAAUGGCAACUCCAGCUAUAGGCGACAUGGGGCAGAGCAAGUGGUGUUAGGAACGGGAGCAUUCAGUUCUUCAGCCUUCCUUGGAUUGUUCCCUUAUUUCAUUCAAACAAAGUGUCCCCUGAUUAACCCUUUGAUCAAAAGGGCCUUACCCAUCAUCUUUUUCGCCCAAGUCAGUGCAAUGAAUGUCUUUGCAUCCCGAAGUCUUGAGCCCAUUCGAGGGAUUCAGGUCAUGGACAAGGAAGGCCGUGUUAUAGGCCUUUCCAGAAAAGCUGGGGAAAAGGCUGUUAGGGAAACAUCCAUCUCCAGAGCAGUGCUGUUUGGGAUCUCAGCUUUGAUCCCAGAAGUCUUCACAUACUUUUACAAAAGGACCCUGUUUUACUUGGAAAACCCGUGGUCAUUGUGGACCGCCAAACUAUCUUGUACUGUGCUGGUGAUGGGACUGAUGGUGCCAGUAUCGUUUAGCAUGUUUCCUCAAGUUGGACGGGUGCAGAGCAGAAAGCUUGAAGAGGAAAUUCAGUCUUCCACAGAAGAAACAGAACUAUUCUAUAACAGAGGAGUGUAGGCUAUUUUAGGUGAAGUUAUCUGGCUUUUGCUUGGAAUCCUCCUUUCCUUCAAGGUCUCAGGAGACCCCUGCAAGACAGACUAGCUUUGGAGCUGGGUUCUGAGGCUGGAAGAGGGACAAGAGGGUCCUAGCUGGCAUCGAGGAGCCUGCCUGGGAAAAGAUACUGUGAAGUACUAAUAAACAGCUAAAACUGAAUGCUUCAAAGGUGAAGGUUGCCCCUUGCCCAUCUCCAGAUUGGGAGCCCAGGCAGCCCCAGCCCUAGUGCCUGCCAUAGUUAGUCCUGCUCAGUUUGGCAAUACCAGAUAACCAGUGCCCACCUGCCACACUCCCAGCUCCUCACUGACAGGACCCUGUUAGCUUCCUCACUGGGUCAGCCAUGGCCAUUACCAGCAGCAGUACCUCCUGUUCUGUAUGGCCAGCUGGCUUCAGCUCCUGAUCCCUCUGUGGCUUAGGGCCUUGUUCUGUCUCUGGGGUCCCCUCUGCCUCCAGCUUCCCUUUCAAUUGGUUCCUCCUAAGCCAAUUUCAUCAAGAAAGUAACAAAAGCCCUUCAGAGCCAGCCUUGAUCAGCACUGGGGCCUUGGGGGCUUGGUCCGCAUUGUUAGCCGAGAAUUGUUCCCACCCGUACCCCUAUCCCAAGGCUACACUGCCAUGCUGAUGGCCCCUAGACCUAUCCUGGCUCUGAGCAAGACCUGAUUAGGCUAUUAGGGUGUCCGCCAGAUACAAAGCCGGUCCACUCACACAUGGGCUCAGCUCCCUCCAUCUGGUGCCACUGCGUUCUCCACAUCAGGCAACAGUGUUGCGGGCACCCUCACCCCACCUCAUUCUACAGGAUGCCUCAUCUUCCCAACUGUCCAGACAACCAUGGCCUUGCUGCCAUCCAGCUCAGCACAGUAGUGCCCCCUGCUGGUGCUGCUCUUCACACACCUGCAGACAAGGUUGGGCUUCCAGUGCCAGGUGACC